CCCCGCCGCCGCUCCUGGGGCCCGGUCGCCCGUGCAGUCGCCAGGGUCGCCGCCGUCAGCGUCGUCUCAGCUCGGAGCGGGAAGAUGGCAUCGGCCACAGACGCGCGCUAUGGCCAGAAGGAGUCCUCCGACCAGAACUUCGACUACAUGUUCAAGAUCCUGAUCAUCGGGAACAGCAGCGUGGGGAAGACCUCCUUCCUCUUCCGGUACGCCGACGACUCCUUCACCCCGGCCUUCGUCAGCACCGUCGGCAUCGACUUCAAGGUCAAGACUAUCUACCGCAACGACAAGAGGAUCAAACUGCAGAUCUGGGACACGGCAGGGCAAGAGCGGUACCGCACCAUCACCACAGCCUAUUACCGGGGCGCCAUGGGUUUCAUCCUAAUGUAUGACAUCACCAACGAGGAAUCCUUCAAUGCCGUGCAGGACUGGUCGACUCAGAUUAAAACGUACUCGUGGGACAACGCCCAGGUGCUGCUGGUGGGGAACAAGUGUGACAUGGAGGACGAACGAGUGGUGUCCUCGGAACGCGGUCGGCAGCUUGCCGACCACCUGGGGUUUGAGUUUUUCGAGGCCAGCGCCAAGGACAACAUUAAUGUCAAGCAGACCUUUGAACGUCUGGUGGAUGUGAUCUGUGAGAAGAUGUCGGAGUCGCUGGAUACUGCUGACCCCGCGGUCACAGGCGCCAAGCAGGGUCCGCAGCUCACCGACCAGCAGGCACCUCCUCACCAGGACUGCGCCUGCUGAGCACCCCCGCCAGGGGCGAGCCCCCCAUCCCAUCACCCUAUUUAUUAUCGUAGCUAUUUAUUUAUUUAUUGAGGAUGCUCCUGGGCGCGUCCCCCGUCCCACCCUGUACAUACCCCACCCUGCUCUGCUGUGGUGUGCUAUACCCCUGCUCCCCACCCUUUAAGACACCCCCCUUUUGGUUUCGUACGCCACCAUCCAGUUGUCGGUCGUGGAGAGGGACCAAUGUCAUGGAGAUGACGGGCCUGCCAGCUCCGAGGCUGGGGGACUGCCGUGUGGACCACUGGGUCGACAGGCUGGCAUCCUGCUGGCCUGGGCCUUCUGCCCCGGCUACUUUAUCUUGGGAUGGAUAGGAUGCGGGGAUCAUACACUCUCACUACUUGGGAUAUCCCCACCUUGUUCUGACGUCACGAGUGUCAAACGUGCGCCCCACCCCUCUAGAAGUUAUCAACACUACACACCGUUCAAUAAAGCGAAUGGACCUUG